GCCUAUUCAAUAUACUUCUUUUAUGCCUACUUCAGUUAUAUCAAAUGAAAUUAGUUCCCCUAUAUCUAUACUAUCCACAUUCUCAUCUUCUAUAAUAGAAUCUGAAAAACUGCACUAUAAUGCGACUGCUCAAAAAAAUUCUUUAGCUAAACAAGAAUUUCAAAUUAAUGAAACUAAACAAGAAAUUGAAGUGGAAAAAAAAAAGAGGCAAAAAUUAAAGAAACAUGCUGCUGCACAAGCCAAAAGUCAAGCAAAAAAACGUGAAGCUUUAGAAACCAGAGGGGAAGUUAUUAGAUACGAUUCACCUGGGUGUCCCUCUUUUCUUCUUCUAAAUUCCGAUCUUCCUGAACAGAUGCAUUCAUGUAUCGAGUUUGGUACUGCUGCCAAAAAAAGAAAUGAAAUGCCUGAACAUAUAGACGAGCACUAUUGUUUGCAAAUGGUCAAAAAUGCAAAACAAUUUGCUAGUGCUUUUGCCUCUCAUUCUGUGAUUAUAUUACAAGAUGAUAAGGCAAAAGUUCUACUUGGAAUACUGGCAGUUGGGAGAACAUUUAAAACCAUGCAAUAUUCUCAUGAACCAGUUGUGAUACCUGGAAGUAAACAAAAACUAAUACCUUCAGUUUAUCUUACGAUUGACCCAGAAGGUUCAAAUAACUCAUUACUUGACAUAAUUGCUAUAAUGGAAAAUCCUGUUUUAAAUAAUAUGCUAAAAUUAGAAAAUGAAUUCAACCCAAUUCUGGUUUUGCUUGUUGACGAAUUAAAUUUGGAUUACUUAACUGUCAGAACCCAUGCCUCUGGACAAUCUGCCUACAAUUCUGUAGAGUGUAGCAUGUCUACUCUCUUAGGAAAGUUGGCAGACUAUAUUCAUGAUAAAGAAGUAAUUGUUGAAUAUAUUGAUGAGCAAAUUGACAAUUUUAAUAAAUACUCUUUGGACAUUCGAAAAUGCAAUGAUGUUAAUUGUUGUUCUACAUGGAGAGUUGAAGAAGCAGCUGCUUUGUUAGCUAAGAACAAUAGAUUUUUGCCACCAUCUAUUAAAGGCCGAGAUACAACAGAUGAUUAUAUUUCUAGCUCUUUUUCAAAUGAAGUAGAAAUGUUAGAUAUUUUUAUUCCAUAUUUUUCUGAUAGUGAAUAA